AUUACUCAUUCGGACUACAAAUGCGAUAAGAUAAGGUCCGAUCUGGCGAAGUGAUUGGGACAUAAAAGUGUUGUUUCGGUACACAUAUGUUGCAGUGUCGAAGUAAACUCUGGCCAUGGACCACGACAAAGCAUCAGAGUUGGAAAAAUUCAAGAGCAAUGAAAAAUGUGAGAAAGAAAACGAAAAACGGAUAUGUGAAAAUGGGGAAAACGCGAAAAGCAACAGGCCCCUAAAACGCCAGGCUAUCAUGGCCAUGGGAACGUUUAUGCUGACUUUGGGAGCUGGUGCCACUGCUGGCUUCUCCGCAAUACUCAUCCCUCAACUGAAGCACGAGCGACAUGGCCACAUCUCCACGGAAAUGGUGUCAUGGGUGGCUGCCACAGCGUCAUUGGCUCUGCUCUUUGGAAACCUUCUCUCUGGAUACUUGAUGGAACGAUAUGGCAGAAGGAACUCGCAAGUGGUUUUGGCUGUAUUUUUUAUAAGUGGCUGGGUUGUGAUCGGAUUCGCAAAAAACAUGGCCAUGAUUCUGGUGGGAAGAUUCAUCACCGGACUCUCUCAAGGCUGGCUUGGUCCUCUAGGUCCAGUGUUUAUUGGAGAAAUCAGCACACCAGCUUACAGAGGAUUCUUCUUGGCUGGGUUGUCAUUGGCUAUAGCAGUGGGGGUGCUGAUGUCACACGUGUUUGGCACAUUGCUCCAUUGGAGCUACGCUUCGCUUCUCUGUGGACUUUUCCCAUUAAUUGGUGGUGUUAUCCUGUACUUUGCGCCAGAAACACCAGCUUGGCUGGCAACUCAAAAUCGCAUAGACAAGUGCAUUGAAUCAUUUAAAUGGUACAGAGGAACGUGUCCAGAAAUGAAGGCCGAACUUGACAAAAUAAUAGCAGCUCAAGAAAAGAGGGACCAAUCGAUGAGCAAACUCAGUGCGCUGAAGGCGAACAUUGUAAAGCCAGAGUUUUAUAAGCCUCUGACGAUAAUGACAGUGUUCUUCAUAAUGACACAGCUUUCUGGGGUGAAUGUUAUCAGUGCGUAUACUACAGACUUAGUGAAAGAAUUGAUGGGUAGCAAGAAAUAUGCGGACGCGGCAAUGUUGAGCUUAGACGUUUUGAGAUGUGCGUCUUUGCUUGUAGCUUGUGUGCUACUUAAAAAGAAGGGUCGGCGACCUAUGGCUAUGAUAAGUGGAAUUUUUACUUCUUUAUCUUUAAUAGCUCUAGCAAUAUACAUGUUCUCAGUGAAAAGGAACCGCAUCUCGCCUGUGAUUACUAUAGGACUCAUGACUGUUUAUAUGAUAGUAUCCAAUUUGGGUGUGGUGCCAUUACCCUGGAAUAUGGUUGGAGAAUUGUUCGCCACUGAAACUAAGGGCAUAGGCUCAGGAAUAAGUGUGAUGACGACAUCAGUUGCAUACUUCGCAACGAUAAAGACCGCGCCGGGAAUGUUGGAAGGUUUAGGACAUCAUGGUACUUAUAUGUUUUAUGGACUAUCGACGUUGCUAGGCACGAUAUAUUUGUACUUCUAUUUGCCCGAGACAAGAGGCAAAACGCUGCUGCAGAUCGAGGAAUACUUUAGGUAUGGCAAGAAAGGGAGAACGAAAGACGUAGAUAACGAUGCAAGUAUACCAUGUGUCUGAUAACAAGGUCGUCACCGACAAACGAGUCUGAUAAGAUACGAUUAAUUUCUCUCACACUUCUACUAUGUGGUGAUAGAUCUUAUUUACUUACACAAGUAUUAUUUGUUUUCUGAAUAGCAAACGAAUUGUUAGAGACACAUUGUAAUUACUUUGUAAAGUAGAUACCAGUAGAUAUAUUUGAUAAGGUUCAAUUAGUUUUCGGUACUUGUGUUAAAGAUAGUCUGAUGAUAAUUUGUUGUUUAUAACGGGACGUUGAUUAUGUGUGGGUACUAAUCAUGGCUAUUAGUCGCAUAUCUUAGUGUCGAAAUGGAUGCACUAAAAUUAAUAGAUAAUGGUUGUAACUGAUAACUGUGGCGUCAAGUUAAUGUGUGUAUUUGUUACAGAAUGAUGGCCAUAAUAGAUAAUUAAUUUGACGAGUCUAAGUACUUAGUUGAUUUACAAAGACAUUGAAUAAAUACAUACGUAAUUAACAAAUAUGUUGUCUAAUAGAAUCGCAUUUCUAUUUUAUUAUUAUAUAAUGCGUUAUUGUUAAAUUGCUUUAAAAUUGUACUUGUCUGCGUAAAAUAAUCUUCUUUUCCUAUGGUGUGGGUUGUGAGGAUCAUUACCAACCUCAUCAACCUUGGUGUCAGGGUUAUUAUUGAGCCGCCAAAAGCCCCUGAUAUGGCUCAUGAAACGACUACGUACUUACAUCAGUAAGUAGUAACCGGGACCAACGGCUUAAUGUGCCUUUUGAAGCACGGAUCAUUUACUUUUUGGACAGUCAGGUGAUCAGCCUGUAAUGUCCUGACCAAACUAGGGAUCACAAAGUAAUUUUUGUGGUAUGUCCCCAUCGGGAUUCCGGAUCGUGAGCCGAACGCUCAACCACCGGACAACGGAAGUCGCUUCGUAAAAUAAUAAUAUUUAUUGUUUUAAGUGUAAUUUUGUAAUAGAGGCUAUAUCUGACUUUUCUUAAGAAUGGGAUUUGAUAAUAAUGCUUCUUUCAUCUUCAGAGUUCUUUAUGCGAGUUUAGAGUUUUUAUUACAGUUCAACGAAUGUGACUUUGGAGUACGUUAUAGUAGUUAAUGAUGUUUUAUAAAUAAAUGGUUUGUAAUUUUAAAAAUGUCCGUAAAAAGACCGCAAAUAGAGCGGUAAGUCAUGAAUGUUUUCGUAUUUGUAAUGAGAUUAAUUUAUAAAGGUUGUAAUAAAUAAAUUAUAAACACAAAA